UUCACCAAAAAAUGGCAGUGAAGUAUUUUUCUCACAUGAAAUUUAUGAAAAAUAUUCAUUGGCUCCAAGCUUGUCUGACCUAUGGCAUUUAUCAAACAGAGAGGCAAAGAAAAAUGUGGAGGCGUUGGCAAACUCUUCAGAAAACAGACAGACUUGUAGCAUGCAGGCUGCAGAUCCGGUUGAGGUGGAGGCUAAAAGCACAAGUGAUGAUCAUCCUUUUCCAGAACCUAGACUCCCCUAUCCAUUUACCUCUUGUUUGACUGAGAAGGAGCAGAAAACAUACUUAUAUCUGAUGACUAAGUACUCAAAAAAAAUAAACCAUUUUCAAGUUAAUGCAGCAAGUCAAAGAGAAUUAUGCACAUAUCUGCAAAUGAAAGAAGUGGUAAACAGUGAAAUUGCAGAGUUUAUUAAAUUUGCCCAAAAUGCUGCAAAAAGCUGCUCCCAAGAUUAUGAUGCCAUCUCUGAAGAUGCACUGCGUUACACUGAGGAAUUAUUUCGCGCUUGUAUUGGACAUGUGCAAAAGUAUCCUGAGUUUUACACGCUCCAGGAGAUCAUGAGUAUCAUGGGAGGAAAAUUUCAUACGCAGUUGACCUUUAGGCUGGAAAAAAAUCUUCUUGUGAUGGGUACAGCAAGACGUGGUAAAACAGAUUUCCCUACCAUGACUGUUCAGCUGCCCACAGAUUAUAAAACUGUUACAUCUAUUAUAACUCCAGAAAAAAAGGCUUCUGUUAUGCACAAUGAUAUUAGCUCAGAUUCAAAUGCAGAAAAACUUGCUUUGAAGUACUUUCCUCAAGUUGUUUUAAGUAAUCAAUCAUUAUUUACUUUACUGAAUAAUCAUGGACUAAACUACAAGGAACAAUGGGAAAUUCCAGUUUGUAUUAAGAUGAUCCCUGUUGCAGGUAGCAAACCAGCUAAAGUGGUUUAUGUUGAUUCACCCCUGCUGAGAAAGGAAAUGACAGUAAGAGAGAGGAACCAAAUCUUCCAUGAAAUUCCAAUGGACUUCCUAGCAACUAAAACAUCUUAUGUUUCGAUUUCUGAUGUAUCCAUGGACAAACCAGAUGAGGACAAUUUGUUUCAGUGGGAUAUGUCUUCUGAUACCUACCAGUACAGGAAAAUUCCUCUUCCAGAUGACACAGGAAUGGACUUUGAUGAUGAUGUUACAGAACUGGAAACUUUUGGAGCAACUGUCAAGCUCUCAAGAACUCCUAAAAUGGAAAGUACUUUUCCUGCAGUUAGUAACUCUGCUAAAGUUUUAUCACAUGGCCCAAAAAUGGGGAAAAAAAAUACAUCUACCAUAAACAGUGGAAGUGAAGAAGGAAAAAACACCACUUCUGAGCAAGGAGGUUCAGCACAUGCCAGCAUGCAGCUUCCAUCAUUAGAUGGCAUUCUGUGCUUCAGCCCUGAAGAAAGUUCGUCUCAUAAAAGCUUUAAUUCAGAGGCGGUAGGACUGAACAAAGUACAGCAUAUCAUGACCAAAGAACUAUUGGACAGUAAAACAAAAUUAAGUACUCUAUCUAAUGCUGUUAGUUACAAGAAAGAGUCGCAUGCUGCACAAAAAAAAGAGACAUACAUUUCUUUAUGCAGUAGUGACACGGAUGAAGAGCGUUUGAUAAUUGAUACAGAAUGUAAAAACACUGAUUGUUGCAAAACAACUAUAUCAAACACUAUUUCUCAUACCUCAGCAGAGACUUCCAAAUCACCUUCCCCCAACCAGAUUCCAUUAGCAAGCAUGACUUAUUGCUCAGAUAUCAUGGAUCGGGAAAAAAAUGCCUCCAGAAAGCCUACAAGAAAGUUGUCAAAAGAAUUUGAUCCUGUUGGACAGAUUUUGAAAAUGCAAACUGAACUUCUCAAGUCUCCUUCCCAAAAAGCUCAUGAGCAGCCAGUGGUGAGCUGUGAUAAUUCUAAUGCUGUGCCAGCCCAUGUGCCUCAAUCUCCAAAACCAUUGGUGACCUCAAGCACAGAAACCGUGCCAGCUCCUGCCUUAAAUCCCAGUAGCUCAUCUAGAAAUACCUGGACCUGGCUUUUUCAGGGAGUGCCAAAGAGAAAGCUGCCAAAUGAACUUCAGAUGCUUGAAGAAGACCCUUCAGAGUAUAAAGCACCUCAGGAUGGCAACCUUGUGUAUAAGCUAUUCAGUUUGAAUGAUUUGUUGUUACUUGUGCGUUGCAGUGUGCAAAAAGUGAAGUCAUUGCCACGAUACCAUAAAAAGAAAAAAGCCCAAAAGCUUACUCCAAUAUUCCUGUUGCCAAAACUAGAAUACCAAGCCUAUUACGGUGUUGAAGCUCUUACAGAAAGUGAAGUAUGUCAGUUGUGGACAGAGAGUAUGUUGCAUUCGGAAUGCUUAUUUUAUAUUGGACGUAUUGAUGCUUUUACAUCAAAGCUUGUUAUGCUAGAAAAGAUUUCUCCAGAAAUUUUAAGAGAAAAACUUGGAUUGAUUAAGCCUGCAAAUUCAUUAAAUAUACUUCACCACAUUUUGAAGAAAGUGUCUGAUUUGCAGGAGGGCUUUUAUUUACUGACUCAUGCUGCAGGAGAUUCAUCAGUUGCAAUCUACAAGAGUUCUCUUGACAAGACAACAAGAGCAUCAUAUAACUUGCAUAAAGCUCAUUGUGAUCUGCCUACUGUACCUGCCACUCUUUCAGUCCCGUGGGUGCCACUAGAUCCCAGCAUCCCUUUGCCCUAUCACAUGAAUCAUGGAAGAGUUCCGUGCACCUUUCCACCUGCACCCCAGGAAACCAUGUGGAAACAGAAGAUGACUGGAGCGAAAGGACAAUCGGACACACCCUAUGAGGGAAAGCCAGUAGCUAUGGAAACAAAAGGCAAUCCAGCUAAGCCUGCGAGAAAUGAAGGUGUGGCUACAAAGAAGCUGAAGAAGAAUGACUGCAAACAAAAAAUGAGAGAGAAAAAGUGGAAAAUUAAGUACAACAAAAUGCAACUAAAGUAG